AAUUCAAAAGAAAAUGAACAUUAACUUCGUUUACUUUAGACUUUAGAGUACUGCCUUUCUUCCCCGAAGUUCCAUAGGAAUUACAUCCUUCCUUUUUCCAUCAAGAUUUAAAUGGCUUAAGAAGCCAGGAGUAGUCAUUCACCAUCCAAAGACCCUCUUUUUUUUUCCAGACUUUUGCAGGUUCAGCACAAACAAUCCAAAAAUGGCUUCUACCAGCGGCCAAAAAGCCUCUUCUUCUCCUUCUUCUCCUCAUAGUUAUGAGGUGUUUAUAAGUUUUAGAGGUGAAGACACUCGCAAAAAUUUCACCGAUCACCUCUAUACCACUUUGGUUGCAUAUGGAAUUCAUACUUUCAGAGAUGAUGAAGAACUUGAGAAAGGAGGAGAUAUUGCAUCUGAUCUCUUGAGAGCCAUUGAAGAAUCAAAGAUUUUCAUUAUUAUUUUCUCGACAAAUUAUGCUAACUCCAGGUGGUGUUUAAAUGAACUCGUAAAAAUUUUUGAGUGUACGACACAAAAGCAAUCAACAAUUCUACCAAUUUUCUAUCAUGUGAAUCCAUCCGAUGUACGAAAACAGUCGGGAAGUUAUGGAGAUGCGUUUGUGGACCAUGAAAAAGAUGCAGACGAGAAGAAGAUGGAGGUGAUACAAAAGUGGAGGACUGCCUUGAACCAAGUAGCUAGUCUGUGCGGAUUGCACGUUGAUGAACAAUACGAGACACUGGUUGUCAAGGAAAUUACUGAUGACAUCAUUAGAAGAUUGAAUCGUAAGCCUUUAAAUGUGGGCAAGAAUAUAGUUGGAAUGGAUUUUCAUUUGGAAAAGUUGAAAUCGUUGAUGAAUAUUGAGUUGAAUGAAGUUCGUGUGGUUGGGAUUUAUGGAAUUGGUGGGAUUGGUAAGACUACUAUCGCCAAGGCUAUUUAUAAUGAUAUCUCAUAUCAAUUUGAUGGUAGUAGUUUUCUUAACAAUGUUAGAGAAAGAUCCAAAGACAAUGCACUUCAAUUACAACAAGAACUACUUCAUGGUAUCUUAAAGGGAAAAAGUCCAAAAGUAAGCAAUAUGGAUGAAGGAAUUCAGAUGAUAAAGAGGAGUCUCAGCUCUAAAAGGGUUCUUGUUGUUUUUGAUGACGUGGAUGAUUUGAUGCAAAUAGAAAACUUGGCAGAAGAGCAUAGUUGGUUUGGUCCAAGAAGUAGGAUCAUCAUAACAACUAGACACAAACAUUUUCUAACCCAAUAUGGAGUCAAAGAAUCAUAUGAAGUUCCGAUACUACAUGAUGCAGAAGCUAUUGAGCUGUUUAGUUGGUGGGCUUUCAAACAAAAUCUUCCUAAUGAAAUUUAUAAAAAUCUCUCCUACCAGGUAGUAGAUUAUGCUAAAGGUCUUCCACUAGCACUUGAGGUUCUAGGUUCUUUUCUCUUUAAAAAGACAAUAAGUGAAUGGGAAAGUGCAUUGUGUAAACUUAAAACAAUACCCCAUAUGGGCAUUCAAAAUGUACUCAAAAUAAGCUAUGAUGGACUAGAUGAUGUGGAAAAGGGAAUAUUCCUAGAUAUUGCAUGUUUUUUUAAAGGGAAAGAUAAAGAUUUUGUUUCAAGAAUGUUAGAUGAGGAUUUCUAUGCAGAAAGUGGAAUAGGAGUUCUCCAUGAUAAGUGUCUCAUAAGUAUUUCUGGAAACAAGUUAGACAUGCAUGAUUUGUUACAACAAAUGGGGUGGGAAAUUGUUCGCCAAGAAUGUCCAAAAGAGCCUGGAAGACGAAGUAGAUUGUGGGAACAAGAAGAUAUCUUUGAUGUGUUGAAAAGAAAUAUGGGAAGUGAAAAAAUUGAAGGCAUUUUCCUCGACUUGUCUCAUUUAGAAGAUAUACUAGACUUCACCACUGAAGCCUUUGCUGGGAUGAAAAAACUUAGAUUGCUCAAAGUCUAUAAUUCUAAGAGUAUUUUAGGAGACUUCGGAGAUACCUUUACCUUUAACAACAAAGUGAAUUGUAGAGUGCGGUUUGCCCAUGAAUUUAAAUUUUGUUCCGAUGAUUUGAGGUACUUAUAUUGGCAUGGAUACUCUUUGAAAUCAUUACCAAAGGAUUUCAGCCCAAAGCAUCUUGUUGAUCUCAGUAUGCCUUAUAGUCACAUUAAAAAACUUUGGAAAGGAAUCAAGGUUCUUAAAAGCUUAAAAUCCAUGGAUCUCAGCCACUCUAAGUGCUUGAUAGAAACUCCAGAUUUCUCAGGUAUCACCAACCUUGAACGUCUAGUUUUAGAAGGUUGUAUAAAUUUGCCUGAGGUUCACCCAUCUCUUGGAGAUUUGAAGAAGCUAAAUUUCUUGAGUUUAAAAGAUUGCAAAAUGCUUAGAAGGCUUCCAAGCAGGAUUUGGAAUUUCAAAUCUCUUCGAACAUUAAUUCUUUCUGGUUGCUCCAAAUUUGAAGAAUUUCCAGAGAAUUUUGGGAACUUAGAAAUGUUGAAGGAGCUUCACGAAGAUGGAACUGUGGUAAGAGCACUACCCCCUUCCAAUUUUUCUAUGAGAAACCUUAAAAAGUUGUCUUUCCGUGGAUGUGGACCAGCAUCUGCCUCAUGGUUGUGGUCAAAAAGAAGUUCAAAUUCUAUUUGUUUCACGGUACCUUCUUCCUCAAACUUGUGCUAUUUAAAGAAGCUAGAUUUAAGUGACUGCAAUAUAUCAGAUGGAGCAAAUCUUGGUAGCCUUGGCUUCUUAUCUUCACUUGAAGACUUAAAUUUAAGUGGAAACAACUUUGUCACUUUGCCUAACAUGAGUGGACUUUCUCACCUGGUAUUUCUUGGGUUGGAAAAUUGUAAAAGACUGCAGGCACUUCCACAGUUUCCAUCUUCACUUGAAGAUUUAAUUUUAAGGGGAAACAACUUUGUCACUUUGCCUAACAUGAGUGGACUUUCUCACCUGAAAACGCUUGUGUUGGGAAAUUGUAAAAGACUAGAGGCACUUCCACAGCUUCCAUCAAGCAUACGUUCUUUAAAUGCAACAGAUUGCACAUCAUUGGGAACAACUGAAUCACUCAAGCUGCUGAGGCCGUGGGAACUCGAAUCCCUAGAUUCUGACGUCGCUUUUGUGAUUCCCGGGAGUAGAAUACCAGAUUGGAUCAGGUAUCAGAGCUCGGAGAAUGUAAUUGAAGCAGACCUACCUCUAAAUUGGUCUACCAACUGCCUGGGUUUUGCAUUGGCUCUUGUCUUCAGUAGCCAGCCACCUGUCUCUCAUUGGUUAUGGGCAGAAGUUUUCUUGGACUUUGGCACAUGUUGCUGUUCUAUCGAAACUCAAUGUUUUUUCCAUCUUGAAGGGGAUAAUUGUGUUUUGGCUCAUGAAGUGGAUCAUGUGCUUCUGAAUUAUGUACCAGUUCAACCCUCACUCAGUCCGCAUCAAGUCAUUCACAUCAAGGCUACAUUUGCAAUAACCUCCGAGACCGGUUAUGAAAUUAAGAGAUGUGGGUUAGGUUUAGUGUAUGUUAAUGAAGAGGUGAAUUGCAACAAUGUGCCUCCCCCUAAUGAGUCAACUCUUGUCCUUAAAGAAAUCUCUGCGGGGGAACCCAUUGAAUGUGAGGAUAUGACCAUUGAAUGUCAGGAUCAGAGGAAACCCACCUUAAGAUACGGAAUCUUCCUCUGAAUCCCACUUUUACUUUUGGAUUGCUUUUCUUUGUGGGAGUGGUUAUGGGAAUAGCCUUCGUAACCAAAAGGGAAACGUAGGAGACGUGAAAAAUAAAAAAUAGAAAACCCUUUUCAUCUUGAGGGGAUCACUCUGAAUUGGAGAUUUCGGCCACAGAACUGCUUGAUCAUUUCUGGUAAGUGUUUCUUUUCUUCAAUUGAAAUGCAGUUGAAGAAGUUCAAUUUCAUGUUUAAUCGUUCUAGAAGACUAGAUUUAUCCUUUGAAAAGAUAAAUUCAGUGAUUAAAAGUCUCAUUAUUUUUGUAUUUAUUUUUUAAACAACUAUUUUUUAUAAUAUUUAAAAUAAAAUAAAAUUCUUGAUACAAA